UUCAGCCUCCGCACGUGACUCGCUAUGGCCGCUGCCGUCGCCCCGCGCCCCUGAGCCGCGGCCCCCCGGACGGCUCCUCUCCGGGGACCCCCGCACCCCUGACGCCAGGCCCCGCCGCCCAGGCGCUGGGUUAGGACAGACGCCUCGCCCACAGACACCUGGACGGGGUCCGUCCCCCCCUCCCUGCUUCGAGCAUCACAGGACACGGCCCCCCUUCCUGCCUGGCUGGGGUCCGUCUAGGAGUGCCAGCCCUUUUGGUGCCCCGAAAGCCAGCUCUGGACCUUCCCAGGAAAGUGCCAGCUCACAGAACUGCUUCACCAAAGGACCAACUCUUGGGACAUUCCCCAACCUACCCAGCCUCAGCUAGGGUGGGGGCUCUAGAAGGCUGACAUUAGCUUUGUUGACUUUGGACAGCCGCUCCAGGACAGAAGAGGGGGUGUGGGCUGACCACACAAACCCCCUCUGGGCCCAGGCCCCAUGCCCCAAGGAGGGGCAGCCUGAAGCCCGCCGCAGCCCCCUGCCAGACUGUCUGCCUGCUCUUCUGACUGUGGCCCUUUGGUAUGGCCAGCAACAGCAGCUCCUGCCCAACACCUGGGGGUGGGCACCUUAAUGGCUACCCAGUGCCCCCCUAUGCCUUCUUCUUCCCCCCUAUGCUGGGGGGCCUCUCCCCGCCAGGAGCUCUGACCACUCUCCAGCACCAGCUUCCAGUUAGUGGAUACAGCACACCAUCCCCAGCCACCAUUGAGACCCAGAGCAGCAGUUCGGAAGAGAUAGUGCCCAGCCCGCCCUCGCCACCCCCCCCUCCCCGCAUCUACAAACCCUGCUUUGUCUGUCAAGACAAAUCCUCAGGCUACCACUAUGGAGUCAGCGCCUGCGAAGGUUGCAAGGGCUUCUUCCGCCGCAGCAUCCAGAAGAACAUGGUGUACACAUGUCACCGGGACAAGAACUGCAUCAUCAACAAGGUGACCCGGAACCGCUGCCAGUACUGCCGGCUGCAGAAGUGCUUCGAAGUGGGCAUGUCCAAGGAGUCUGUGCGGAACGACCGGAACAAGAAGAAGAAGGAGACCCCAAAGCCUGAGUGCUCGGAGAGCUACACACUGACGCCGGAAGUGGGGGAGCUCAUCGAGAAGGUGCGCAAGGCACACCAGGAGACCUUCCCCGCCCUCUGCCAGCUGGGCAAGUACACUACGAACAACAGCUCAGAACAACGUGUCUCUCUGGACAUUGACCUCUGGGACAAGUUCAGUGAACUCUCCACCAAGUGCAUCAUUAAGACCGUAGAGUUUGCCAAGCAGCUGCCCGGCUUCACCACCCUCACGAUCGCUGACCAGAUCACCCUCCUCAAGGCUGCCUGCCUGGACAUCCUGAUCCUGCGGAUCUGCACGCGGUACACACCUGAGCAGGACACCAUGACCUUCUCAGACGGGCUGACCCUGAACCGGACCCAGAUGCACAAUGCUGGCUUCGGUCCCCUCACCGACCUGGUCUUUGCCUUCGCCAACCAGCUGCUGCCUCUGGAGAUGGACGAUGCUGAGACCGGGCUGCUCAGCGCCAUCUGCCUCAUUUGUGGAGAUCGGCAGGACCUAGAACAGCCAGAAAGGGUGGACAUGCUCCAAGAACCGCUGCUUGAGGCACUGAAGGUGUACGUGAGGAAACGGAGGCCCAGCCGUCCCCACAUGUUCCCCAAGAUGCUGAUGAAGAUCACGGACCUGAGAAGCAUCAGUGCUAAGGGGGCUGAGCGAGUGAUCACCUUGAAGAUGGAGAUCCCAGGCUCUAUGCCGCCUCUUAUCCAGGAAAUGCUGGAGAACUCGGAGGGCUUGGACACUCUGAGCGGACAGGCAGGGGGUGGGACAAGGGACGGGGGUGGCCUGGCCCCUCCGCCAGGCAGCUGUAGCCCCAGCCUCAGCCCCAGUUCCAACAGAAGCAGCCCAGCCACCCAUUCCCCAUGACCACCGCGCCACAUGGACACAGCCCUCACCCCUGUCCUGGCUUUUUCUGCCUUCUACCGACCAUGCAACCCUUGCCAGCCCUGCCCCUGCCCAUCCUCCCAGACAGAACUGGGGACAGGAGGAGGAGGCAGCGACUGUGGACAGAGAUCUGGGCCUGCGAUGGACUGUCUCUUCCCACAGCUGGGGCUGACGCCGGGGCAAGGUGGAGCCCAGGAAGGACCUGGCCUGGGCCUGCUGCCCAUGGAGACGGACGGCCCCUGCCCACCCGGCCACAUCUUCAUCACCAGCAAAAGGCCGCCGGGACCUGGCUCUCUCCAUCCUUUGAACUCAUAAGCCAUUGCUCCCCAGCUGGGGGCCCUCCCCCUGCCUUGGUUGGUGACCGAGGGGUGGCUGGGGUGGGGGAGCUUCCCCUGUACAUACCCUGAGUACCAACCCCCCAGGUAUUAAUUCUCGCUGGUUUUGUUUUUAUUUUAAUUUUUUUUUGGUUUUGAUUUUUUUUAAAUAAGAAUUUUCAUUUUAAGCACAUUUAUACUGAAGGAAUUUUGCUGUGUCUUGCGGGGAGCUGGAUUCCGAGUUGGAGGGGGCGGGCCUCGGGAGGGGCGGGGCUCCAGGGACGCCCCUCUCCACGUCCCUUGUCCCUGCACUCUCCUCAGCCUUUUCUCCUCAGUUUUCUCUUAAAUACUGUGAAGUACUAACUUUCCAAGGCUGUCUUUCCCUCCCUGUGUGAGGACAGAAGCCAGCCCCCUUCCCCCCCCCCCCCCGCCCUCCCGCUCACCCCUGAGGGUGGGCAGAGUCUGCAGCACUUCUGGAAGGAGAGGGCCUUUGGAACCUGCCUCCAUCCACCAAGAGGCAGGUUGGGGCCCCCUGGGGUGAGAGCGGGGUGCUGUCUACCUGCCAGGCCCCCACCAUCCAAGCUCCCGGCCCCACUGUGAAGGGGCUGGCCAAGGAGUCCAAGCUGCCCCCCCCCUCAGCCUCACAGCCACCAGCACCCCACCCCACGGGGCCCCUAGACACACACACACACACACACACACAGUAGAUGGCAACACACUUGGCCUGAGUUCCUCCAUUCCUUGGCCUGUCCUCUCUCGCCCUAUACCCAUGUCCCCUCAUUGCCCCGCAGGACGGGCCUCCAGGGGGACCCCUCCCCUUGCCCCUGCAUUCCUGGGCUGGGGGAGCUGGCUCUGCCCUGCCCUCCUGGCCAUGGGGUUGGGGUCUCAUCCCUGGAGCUGGUGCACCUGUUACUGUUGGGCUUUCCACUAAGAUCUACUGGAUAAAGAAUAAAGUUCUAUUUAUUCUA